UGUAGUUAAAGUGGAAAUUAAUAUCUUUACAUUCUCUAUACUGAUAAACUGUAAAGGAGCAAUUAUAAUUUACACAAUAUAAUAGAAGUUACUACUAUACGUAGUUAUAUUCUUAUUAUUUAGGUGCCUAUACUAUAACUACCAUUAUGGUGACCAAAUCAGUUUCGUUUAUUGCCAAAAUUAGAAAUUUACAAGAUUAUCAGUUAAGGUUGAGUUACAAUAUGAUGCCAUGUCCAUCUGGUCUGGAUAUUGCCAAUUGUUUGAAAUAUUUUUCUCAAAUACUUUUAACUAUAUUGAAAGAAGUUCCUAAGUCUCCACACGAAAUGAUAUUGUAUCCAGAAAUGGACGCCACACGUUUGGCUCUUUAUCCUACAUUAGAUUAUACGGGUCUUUACUCGGCGCUCGAGUCGUUGCUGCAUUCUGCUUCUUCAAUAACAACUGGACUACAAGCUUUCGGUGAAGCAUUCAACCAAUGUGUGGCUUGCUUGGUUCCAUUUCUUAGCGGUGACACGUUGGAAGGUUUACCGUACAUGAUAGCGACUGCCUUCCAAGUGCUUCCGUCGUCAGUACAUCACGAUUUAAUUAACACACUCUGUUACUUUGUGAUACCGUUUACAAUACCUAGAAAUAAAUGCAUUAAUAGUGCGGCGUUGUCAGUAUCGGGAAUUCUAUUGCUAGUUUUUCAAAACACGUUUGAUACAGCAUUGCACUUGGAGUUAGUAGAACGCUUAAUGACGUUUAAAAAUAACGUGAAAAGAGAUAUACUUGUCGUGAUUGCAUACGGUACGUCGAUAGCGCGAUAUCACGCUGCGAGACUUUUAUUCAACUAUUGGCCUUUGUACAAUGCAAAUAAAUUUGACAGAAAUAAACCUAAAUCAAUUGGCAAUUGGUUGCCACUGUUGUGCCAGAAAAAAAAUUGUCCUAAAAUGGGAUUUGGUCCAGCCGAAAGAGUAUGUUUGAACCACGAGCUGUCGAUGAAACACGCGGAAAAUUGUCCUCCGCCAUUUUAUUUGUGUACCGAUUGCGCCGACGAUCUAUUAAACAAGAAACCUAAUUAUCAAUUUCACAUAGUUUUACAACCGUUGCUUUCGGCCACUUGGAAAUGUGAAUACAAAGAUUGCAAAACUCAAAACAAUAAUAUGAUAUGCGUUACUUGUUUCUCUCCCGAAUGUGCGUCUAUGAACGACAAUCGUCCAAUCAGAUUGUGCUCGGAUUGUUAUAAACAAUUACAUCCGGAUAACGUGGAACAUAUAGUUCAUUGGACAUUAAAAUCAGCAGGUCAACUUGACAACGAUAUGCAAACAUACCUUGUCGAGUCGAUUGUCAGCUUGCUAAAAGAAGUACGCGCGCCUAUUUCCGAGGCGACUAAAGAAAGUCAAACGAAAGCUGCAGUGUUCGGAGCUAAGGUCAAGGGUACAAUGUCUUCUAGUAAAACAGAUAAAGAAGACGAUCAACCAGAAGUAACCAUAAAUGACAGACAACUGAUGGGGAGAACGGGUGUUUGGCUAUUGGUAGCCUUGUAUAGAAUUGAAGAUUUAGAACCACCACGAUCUAGCAUUAUGGGUCGAUUGCUGUCCAUACUUUUUCAUUGGUUUCACGUGACGGCUUAUUCUUACGAUGAUCAGCAAGAGUGCACGCUGGAAUACAUGAAAACAGAAUACAUUGGAGAGAGGUGGUUAAAAGGUGUACGCAAAUAUUAUUUCGAAGCAUUUGUUAAUUGUUUAUUACCUUGUCCGCCAGAAUAUGCACAAGUUGGUGGUAAUUGGGAUCUGUUGGCAAAUCAAACUUCUUUAAUUAAAAACGGCCUCAACCAAUUACUCUGCUUGGUACCUUACGACAUAGUUACUUCAGAAAUAUGGGAAUUAAUUAUGCCGCAUUGGCUGGAAGCUAUUGUUCAAGACGUUCCGCCUGAUGAAUUGCCUGAACUGCGAAUGCUCUUAUGUAAAAUAUUAGACUCUGAAAUGAACCCAUUAGGGUUUGAUGCCACAAAACUGUAUCAUUUCAUUGGCGUGCGUUUUAAAUGUACGACUUCAAAAGUUCAAGAACAAGCUCUAACAUGGAUACAGAUAUUGACCAGUUUAGAAAUAAUCAUACCGAUCCAUCUACUCUUUAAUUUUUUUAAAGACGGAUUACAAAGUAUGAAGUCAAUUUAUAAAAAAGAUAAUACUUCAGAGGAUUCUUUUGUCAUGAGCACCUUAGAUCCCGUCAUUAUAAAAAGAGCCGAAAGUGUAACUGACGACGAAGAAAAACCAACUUACAGUUCUAGUCCUGAUUUAUUGGAAGAUGAAAUCAAACUUAGUUGCUGUGCCUUAAUGUUAGACGUCACUCUGAAACAAUUGGAACUACACGGGAUUGAGAGACACACGGGAUUUUCAAGCGCGAUAAAUCACGAAGUUUGUAAACUUGUUACUAACACCUUAGUGACGGGCUGGUUUACCGAAUCACAUAAGGACUGUGAAAACAAAAAUGAGUGCACGUCUUGCGAGUUAAUUGUUAUAUGGCAUCAACUUGCAAGUUCCCUAGUGGAAUAUGUUUCGUUAUCGCAUUUAGCUCAUCCUCCCGAUGACCCGGUCGUAGAAGAAUUAUUCUCCGAGGAUUCAAAAAAAACCCCAACCGAAGUCGAUAAAAAAGAAUCCAAAGGCGAGGGUACAAAUCUAUCGUUCAUGAUGACACCAGACACCAUCGGAGGUCUUUUAGUGAAUAUGCCACAGUUAAUGACAGCCACAGUAGAAACCGUAGUGGAACAAUUGGAUUUAACACCAGUUAUGCCGGCUAUAGCAAGAGCUAUUACGUUAACUGAUUCGGACGUCGGUUUGGCAACGGCAAGAGUAGCGCAAGCUAAACUUAUGAACGAAAACGAUGAACCCAUUGACGAAGCAACGCAAAACGUUCAAGACCUGUGGCAAACCACCCAUGGGAGAUUUAGAAUAAAAAUCGACGAACUUCCUGAUCAGCUCCAACUAGUAUAUCAUAUUUUAAAAGAAUUUUCGAAAGCAAACGACUCAAACGUCAAAUACUAUUUGUUGCAAUCUUUAUACUUAAUGAUUCUUCAUAACGACACGUUAAACAAAGCUAUAAAAGAACAUAAAGGAUUUGUCAUUUGGUGUCAGGAAAAUUUAAUAAUCAAAAAUAUUUGGGAAUGCUUGGAAGGAAUUAAAUCGCAUUUAUGCGAAUUGGCUAUUCCAGUCAUGUUGCACUGCAUAUCACUGCCGUAUGGAAGUGAUAUUUUUUGGAAACUAAUUAGAGAUGAAUUUCAUAGCACAGAUUGGCGGACUCGUUUUAAUGCUGUGGAAAAGGUGAUAUUAAUAGCGAAAUUUAUGGAUAACACUCCGUUAAGGAACAAUUCCACCUUGCAGUCGUGUAUAACUAAUGCAUUUUGCUACCUUGUGUCAAGUAUGGACGAUCGCAGUUCUUAUGUGGCCCAGAGAGCAACAUUACUAAUGCCUACCAUUCACGAUUCUGCAUUAAAGAAUUUAAUUCACUGCAUGGAAAUGCAUUUUGACACUGUUAUGGUAGACCGACCUAUGAUUUUGCAAUCGUUAUACCAAAUGAAUAACACGCUAAACGAUAGAAAAGUACUGUCGUGGGAAUUUUUUUUGGGAAGAUUUGACGCUAUGUUUAUCGAGGCCCAAAUACAGUUGAAAAAAAGCGGUGACAUUACUCAUGUCAGAGAUUUGAGAAAUUCUGAUAUGACUAGCGAUUCGUUUAUCAAGAAAGUUCAAAGAGCACACGAAGCCAUGUCACAUAUGUCUGAGGCGAACUCUGUUCGAACUCUGAGUGCGAGUUUUGGCCAAAAAUGGCCGUACAAAAGAACUAUGUCUGCACCAGCGGCAACGGUACCUAGAAAUGAUCAGAGAUAUAACGGAGACAAAGCAUAUAAUAGACAGUUUUCUGCACCGAUUUUAAAGAGAAAGACGUCACAACUCAUAACGCCUAUUUUGUCAAUACUUCCAGAUCAUUCUUGUGUAACGGAAUUGCAUGAAGAUAAUACGGGAGAGCUUUUAACCCGUAUUGUAGAUUUAGAAGAAUCUGACAAAGAAACGAGCAAUCUUAUUGUCUUUCUACUAAUGCAGUUUAUGUCUCGACCAGAACAUGCAUACCCGGAAGAAUCGAAGUAUGGAAUAAAAAUUCAAGGAAUCGUAUUGCAGCAUUUAUACUUGUUAUUGGGUUAUAACUAUAACGAAAAAGGAUUUCAUAUUUCACCAGAUAAAUUAAGGGUUUUGCCGGUUUUUAAUUCGUUCUUGUCGAACUUGCCACAAAUGCUAGACCAAAAUUUUUCCAUGGGGCACGUUAUUGCACCGACGGCUUUGUUGUUGUUGCAAUAUUGUCCAUCGCCAGAAACACAUUCAAUAAAUUCUACAUAUUCACUAUGGUUUUUGGAACCAAUGGCUAGGAAAUCUUGGCUUAUGUCCGUUAUGGUGUUUUUGUACAAGUAUACUUUCGACAAAGAGCCGGUCAGUCUAUUAGUCGUGUCGCUAAUGGAAAUUGUUCUAAAUACACUUAAUGCCCAACAACAUGUUUGUAAUAGGAUUCCACCAACUGUUGUUAUGCCAGAUACUUCGAAAACUAAAGCUGAAAAAAAUGGCGAUAUAAUAUCAUCUACGGAUUCACAAAAGAUGCAUGAGUUUCAACCAUCCACUUCUCGAAAAUUUCCAAUGAUGAACAUGGAAACUCAUUGGGAAGAAGACACUUCGUAUCCCAAGAAGACUCCACAUAAACAAGGAUCGACUGGCUCAACCGAACCAGAUGAUACGGAAUCGGAUAUAGCAGUUGUACCAGAGAAAUAUAAAUCGGACAGUACAACUGGUCAUUACAGUUCACAUGGGUCAUUUGAUGAAUCUACAGACGAGGCUUUUAGUCGAAAAGGACCGCUACGGUCGUUUUGGUCAAAUGAAAACAGUGCUGAAGAAGAUAAAUGGGGCGUGAAAGAAGGUAUGAAAAUGUUAGCGACCUCGGCAUUUUUUAACGUAGCAAACCAACAACCGAACUUACUAGCUCCUCCGGUAAUACCAAACACUUCAACGUCUUCACCAGAAAUAAACACAACUUUAAAGAAAUCUGAGGAAAUUUCUGAAGAUAAUUUUCGUCAGAAAUUACACACGUUUUACAGCCCUCGGGACACCAGUCAGACAUCUACUUCUUCAUCAUCGAUAACGUCGCAUCCACCUUCAAUGUCGACAGUGAAAGAUAAACAAUCGAUGCAAAAACCAACGCAAAACGUUUACAAAAACUGUCCUGGAUCUCCGCUUUCGAAAAUGAAAUUACAUACAAACUCAUCAUAUCCCGACGAUUCGACCGAUAUACAAACGGAUUGGGGAUUCAAAUUAGAAGUUAAUAUAGAAAAAAAACCAUUGGAAUUCCCGGUUCAAGAGCGUCUUCUACCAAUUGGGACAACAAUGAACCUAGUACAGAAAGUUCACAAAACAUUUGGGUUAGGAGACGUGGAUUCUACAUCACAGUCGUCAUCUUUAAACAGAGAAGAUAGUUCCGAGAAAGAACAAGGUCGUACUACCGAGAAAGGUAGCCCGCGAAAGUUAAUCAAACAAAUUGCACUAGACAGUCCAGAAGAAAACAAACCACCUAUGCAUUCAUUUGCACGCCGUUUAUUGCAAAGUGGAAAUGAGUCUCGAAAAAAUAUCAACUCCUCUCAUCAUAAGGGUUCGCAUCAUCAUACAGUAAAUUCAGAUCCUAUAUACGAAUCAUAUUUUGCUCAAAAAAACAUUAGUAAUAGCACAAGUAGAAUUGGACCAGACUGCAUACAAGAAAGAUGUAGCGAUUGUGGAACGCGCAAAGAAGAAUACAGCGAUGAUGAAGUCGGUUUAUGCAUUGUAUUAUUGGGAACGUUUGUUCACCGUGCGCCUUCGGUUUCUGCAUGCCUCCUUCCUGAAAUUCUUACAGUCCUUACCAAAUGCCAUUCUAGCCCGACCUUUUUAUGGCAAAAAGAUAGUCAAAAAUUUUUGCCCGGCGGUUCUACGAGUAUUGCAAAAAAGUUUUUGCGGUGCAUUCUCUAUCAACUUGCACCGAACGGUGUUUUUGCCCAAAUAUUCCAAAUCAAGCAUAAUGAAACCAGCGGAAAUUAUUUUUUCAAGAGCAUAAUACAAGCGUUAAUGGACUUCAAUGAAAUGACUCCCAUCGAACCGUUACAAAUGACUUUAGAAGCUUUAAAUUCGAAAAAAUCCCUCUCGACGACGAACUGCUGUAUAAUGUUGUCUAACAUAACAGUUUAUGUUGAUAUAUUAACGACCGACAAUACUGGAUCCGCGUCAACAUUUAUUUGGACAACUAUACUCAAUCAAUUUGAUGCUCUGUUCCGAAAAAUUCAAUUGGCUAUUAGCAAUUUUGAAAACAUCAACUUAGUUUUUAAACUUAUGAUAAAUGUUUUGAAAAUACCUGGUAUCAUUUCAGCCAAGGGCAUUUUGGAUCCAUUCGCGAAAAUAUUAACUUACGCACUACAACAACAUUACAUAGAUUAUUAUUUGUUAGUCGAAUUAUGUUCACUCGGUUAUAAGACUUUUGCUCGGGAAAGAGAAAAGAUGCUGUUGACAAGAGCAGUGACCGUAGAGCUGAUACAAGCAUUGAAGUUUAAAACCCAAAAUUUUAACAAUAAUUUACUAGUAUAUGUUGCUUUUAUUCUACAGGAUGUCGGUGGUAUUUUACCCAACUGCCCGACCUUAGACACUAUAGUGCCCACGUUUCCAACGACAUUGGCUAGUGUUCCUACUGGUGCCUCAGAACUUUUACGUAAUAACAUACAAGACAUUAUAGAUUUCUUAACCGACGUUAACACAUUGACAAAAAUAAAGAGUCGUUGCACGACACCGGAAGAGGGAAUAAACGACGAUACUUUUGGGAGUACUGUUAAAGCAGGAAUUUCUCAAUAUUUAUCGUUAGAACUUCUUAAAAGUAAUACUCGAGACGCUAGAUCGUUACAGAAAAUAUUUCCAUGGUUAUACUACGGACCGAACGAAAUACAAACGAUCGAAUUAUUCGUGUACAACUGCAAAGAUUUUUCGGACUGUUUGAAUCAUAUUCGCUUGCUCUCUUGGAUUUUAAUUGGAUCGCUUUCGUACACCGGAAUGCAAAAUCGACCCUGUUUGCCAUUAUCCCAAGACGUUUCUUGUCAGAUAGCUGACCACGUGAACAUAAUUAUGACAGGAUUUGCUGAAGAAUCGAAAUCGUCCGUAAUACACAUGUCAUCUUUAUUCCACGCUUUCGUUCUUUGCCAAUUGUGGACAAUUUAUAUGGAACAAACAGCUCAACAAAUGGUAACGGCCGGAGACCAUCAUUCGUUCACAAUGAAUAUUUUGCACGACUUUUGGAAUAAAGUCACUCGGAGCAUGCUAAAUUUAUCUUCCAAAUCGAAAGCAAUGGGAGAAAUGGUUAAUUUACAUUUUCUAAGUCUUUUGGAAGCUUUGUUGGAAUGUCGCACAGUCACACUUUGUAAACUUUUACCGAUGUGGAAAGAAGUUUUAUUCACUGACAAAAAUAUUAAAUUACCAGGACACAUCAAACUUCGUUUGGAUACAUGUACUGAGUACGCACCUCGAGAACCUCCAGUAUUAAGACCUCGAGGUAAUUUAUCUAAAUCUGAGGUAAACAUGGACAUCCUAAAAUGGUUACAAACACUGCAAUUUAAAAUGGCUCAAAUUGAACUACAGUCGUCUCAAGUCAAUCAGUUUUAUAAUGUUUAAAACUAAAAAUACGAUUUAUAAUAUUUGUCAAACCUGUAGUUAUUAAGAUUUUCUAAAUAAGUAUUUUAAGUUUAAAGAUCUCUAAAAAAAACGUGAUUAUGCCAAUUAGCAGUAAAAAACAUACAUUUAUGAUCUUUGAUUAAGAUUAGUUAAAAUUUACAUACUAUAGUAAAUGUAUUAAAUUUGAAGGAAGAUUUGUAAUUACAUAGUAACAAAAUAAAUGUGUAGUAAUUACAGGCUAUAUGAAAAGACAGGAAUGUAAUUUUGGUUUGAAUACAGUUAAUCACACAAAUUUGUAACAGAAACUAAAAUAAUUUGAUCAAUAGGUUCAUUUUUUAAGUGUGUACAAGUGUCUUUAAAAUUACCAUUCAAAUUAACAAAAACAAAAUCUCUACUAUAUUUAUUAAAAUAUAAAAAUAUACAUCAUUUGUACUGCACAUAAUGUGAAUUAAUUUAAAGCAAACUUACAUUUUAAAACUGAAAACUAUUAGAAGUAUAUUAUUUUAUAUCCACUACAA